AGCGUUGACGCUGAUUGGUCGGAGGGUGGGGCCGGCUAUUUGAAGGCUGCGCGCGGACGCGGGCGCACUUCAGUCCGCGGAGAGAGCCGGAGGUGGCGGCUGUGGUCGGUGCGGCCCCGCUGACAGCCGCUGGACCUGGACGUGGGCCCGGCCUCAGCCCCAGCCCCAGCCCCGGCUGCGGCCCGGCGAGGCGAUGGCCAAGGUGUCGGUGCUGAACGUGGCGGUGCUGGAGAACCCGAGCCCUUUCCACAGCCCCUUCCGGUUCGAGAUCAGCUUCGAAUGCAAUGAGGCCCUGGCGGACGACCUGGAGUGGAAGAUCAUUUACGUUGGCUCAGCUGAGAGUGAGGAGUUUGAUCAGAUCCUAGACUCGGUGCUGGUUGGCCCCGUCCCCGCAGGGAGACACAUGUUUGUCUUUCAGGCUGACGCCCCCAACCCGUCCCUCAUCCCGGAGACCGAUGCUGUGGGUGUGACUGUGGUCCUCAUCACCUGCACCUACCAUGGACAGGAAUUCAUCCGCGUGGGCUACUAUGUCAACAACGAGUACCCCAACCCUGAGCUACGGGAGAACCCGCCACUGAAGCCGGACUUCUCUCAGCUCCAGCGGAAUAUCUUGGCCUCAAACCCCCGGGUGACUCGCUUCCACAUCAACUGGGACAACAACACGGACAGUCUGGAGGCCAUAGAGAACCAGGACCCCGCACUGGGCUGCAGCCUCUCCCUCAGCUGCACUCCCAUCAAGGGCCUGGGCCUCCCUGGCUACAUCCCUGGUCUCCUCCCUGAGAACUCCAUGGACUGCAUCUAAUGGGAAUACAGAGCCUCCCCACCCAUCUGGGGGGUCAAACAAGGCCUUCCAGAGAAUUUUAAGGGUCUA